GCUUUUCUCCCCCAUGAUCUCUUUUCAGCCCUAAUAGAGUAGGUUAUGGUAGAUGUGAGUUAGUAAGAGGCUUGUUGUAUAUUGACUGGAUUAUUAGUGAGCUCAUGACGCACUGCAGCAGUAGUUAAUAAAACAGUUUUUUUUUUAACCGCUUUCUAUUCUAAAACCAUGUAUAAAGACGGAGUGGUGGACAAGAAUAACAGAAAAGAUUUUAUACCUUAUUUUCUAGGACUAGUUUUAGUUUUAUAUUGCACGGUUCAUCUUGUGUCUUUCACUGCAGCAGCAGCUCAGGAGGACUCCCAUUCCAACAGAAAGCGCCGGGCGUUGGAGAAUGAGACAGAGUGUAUUACAACCCAGUCGUCUGAGUUUCCAGAGGGGUUCUUCACACUACAGGAGAGGAAGGAUGGAGGACUUGUCAUACACUUUAUGAUCAUAUUUUACAUGCUGCUGGCAGUUGCUAUAGUCUGUGACGACUACUUUCUACCUUCCCUAGAACUUAUCAGUGACCGUCUGGGUCUGUCUCAAGACGUAGCAGGAGCCACCUUUAUGGCAGCAGGCAGCUCUGCUCCUGAACUGGUCAUGGCUUACCCAGGUGUGUUUGUGACAAAGGGAGACAUCGGUGUGAGCACCAUCGUAGGAUCAGCUGUCUACAACCUCCUGGGGAUCUGUGCUGCUUGCGGACUCCUGACCAAAGUGGUGGGUCGUCUGACCUGUUGGCCUCUGUUCAGGGACUGUCUAGCUUACGCCAUCUCUGUCUCUGCUGUUAUAGCCAUCAUCUCAGACAACAAAGUCUACUGGUAUGAUGCGGCCUGUCUGUUGUUGGUCUAUGGGGUGUACAUCGUAGUGUUGUGUUUUGACCUGAGGAUCAGUGAGUGUGUUCUGAGGAGGUUCAGCCCCUGCUGUACCUGCCUGGGGAAAGGUUCCGAGGAGCACAGCGAGACACAGCCAUUGGUCGACACCACUCUGAGGGUCCACAGACGUUCUAGAAGCGACAGCGGAAUCUUCCAGGAUGAUUCAGGAUACUCACACCUUUCCCUCAGUCUGCACGGCCUCAAUGAGAUACCAGAGGACCACCAGAGUGUGUUCUCGAUGCCAGAGAACGACCUGAAGCGGAUCCUGUGGGUGCUGUCCCUCCCGGCAAUCGUGAUUCUAUACCUGACGGUUCCAGACUGCAGGAGACGGUUCUGGAAGAAAUGGUUCAUGUUCACCUUCUUUAUGUCCGCUGUCUGGAUCUCAGGCUUCACAUACGUACUGGUCUGGAUGGUCACUAUCGUAG